AUGAAAUAAAGACCUUAAUUGGCAUGUGAUGCAGUAUGUUUUAGAAAACUCUAAAAUGACGUUAAAAAAGUCUUAUUGAUUACAAGAGGACAUGAACCAUUUAUAGGAAGAUAUGCAUUUCCAGGAGGACAUUUAGAUUAUGGUGAAGAUCCAAUAUAAUGCUGUUUAAGAGAACUUAAUGAAGAAACAGGAAUUUUAGGCUUAAGUGUUGAUUUAAUUGAUGUAAGAGGAUCCCCAGAUAGAGAUCCUAGAGGUCAUUAUGUUUCUAUAGUUUAUAAAAUUGAAGUACCAGAAGAUGCUGAACCUAUAGCAGCAGAUGAUGCUAAAACAGCUUAAUGGAUUAAUGUUGAUGAUAUAUUAAAAAUGGGUAAAGAUGCAUUUGCUUUUGAUCAUUAUGAUAUAUUAGAAUAUGCUCAUAAAAAGUUUCCUUGA